UACGGAGAGCGAAACUAUCACCAUGUUGGUGCAGUGUUGACACCACACCUCUGGCCGAGAGUGAUCAGUUCUUGGCUGAAUCCUCCGUUGGCAUCAAGUGAAUCUCUCUCUCUCUCUCUCUCUCUCUCUCCCCUCUGGUUCCUCCCAGGAUUUGCGUUGUUACAGUGAUUAAUUUAUCAUUUCCUUUCAAUGGGUUAUCUCCCAAUUCCCAAGCCCAACAAUCUCGAUUCUGGUAGAACCAAGUCUCAGAGGAAUAGAAAGCCUUUCAUGGUUCCUCAUGAACUUUAAAGUCGAUUCUCCAUCAAAUUACCGUGCAAUGGAAAGAAAGAAUGGAAGGGUAUUUACGUAAUCAACCGUAAAUGCAAAUGAUUAAAAAAAUUGAAUGAGAAUUAUUCCUUUAAUUUCUCGGACCUUCUUCAUCUUCUUCUUCUUCUUCUUCACUUUACCAAUUACCAUACACCCCCAAGCUCACACCGACACCUUACUACACUCCCAAAUCUCUUCAAAUCUCCCAGGAAGAACUUCUAUACAGAGAUAUACAGUAAAGCCCAUUACAAACCCUGAAGUACCUAAGCCUGAAAAUGGCGGAAACCAACUUUUGUGGAGCUCCUCUCAUUCUUCUACUACUUUCGACCUCAUCUCUAGUGGUGGUGUCAGUGGAAUCCGCCAUUGGUGUAAACUGGGGAACCGUCUCUUCUCACAGGUUAGCUCCUUCCAUCGUCGUAGAUCUUCUCAAGGAAAACAAGAUACCCAAAGUGAAACUUUUUGAUGCGGACCCAAAUGCUCUUUCUGCUCUCAUGGGAACUCGGAUUGAGGUUAUGGUGGGCAUUCCGAACGAGAUGUUGUCCAUCUUAAGUUCUUCACCUAAUGUUGCAGAUUUGUGGGUUCGUCAGAAACUUUCCAGAUAUCUAGUUAAAGGUGGUGUUAAUAUCAGGUACAUUGCAGUUGGGAAUGAGCCAUUCCUCACCAGCUAUUCGGGUCAGUUCCAAUCCUAUGUUGUUCCUGCUCUGCUCAAUCUACAGCAGUCGUUGGUGAAAGAGAAUCUGGCAAACUUCAUAAAGCUAGUAGUCCCUUGCAAUGCGGAUGCAUACGAGUCUUCCCUUCCUUCACAAGGAGCAUUCCGCCCUGAACUGACCCAAAUCAUGACUCAACUAGUUUCCUUCCUCAACUCAAUUGGCUCCCCCUUUGUUGUCAACAUCUAUCCGUUUCUGAGCCUCUAUGGAAACUCAGAUUUCCCAGAAGACUACGCAUUUUUUGAUGGCACAUCGCACUCUGUCACAGACGGGCAAAAUGUUUAUUCUAAUGCUUUUGAUGGAAAUUUCGACACACUAGUAGCUUCUCUUAACAGGAUUGGAUAUGGUCAGAUGCCCAUAGUCAUUGGUGAGAUCGGCUGGCCGACAGAUGGUGUUCUGAGUGCAAAUCUCACCGCUGCUAGGGCUUUCAACCAAGGCCUCGUAAAUCAUGUCCUGAGUAACAGAGGAACCCCUCUGAGACCAGGUGUUCCACCAAUGGAUGUUUAUCUCUUCGGCCUUCUUGACGAAGGUGCAAAGAGCGUUCUUCCUGGGAACUUUGAGAGGCACUGGGGAAUAUUUUCCUUUGAUGGUCAGGCUAAGUACCCUCUGAAACUUGGCUUGGGCAGUGGAUUAUUGAAGAAUGCAAAGGAUGUUCAGUACUUCCCAUCAAGGUGGUGUGUUGCAAACCCGUCAAUGGAUCUUUCAGGCGUGGCCAACCAUUUCAAACUUGCUUGCAGUGUUGCAGAUUGCACGACACUCAAUUCUGGAGGAUCGUGCAAUGGAAUUGGAGCUAAGGGGAAAAUCUCAUAUGCCUUCAACAGUUAUUAUCAGCUACAAAAGCAGAAUGAACGUAGUUGUGAUUUUGAUGGGCUUGGUAUGGUCACAUUCCUUGAUCCUUCAGUUGGUGAAUGCAGGUUCCUUGUUGCGGUCGGUGACAAUAGUUCAGGUGUUAGACUACAUCUUGAAUAUAUUUCUGUCUGGGUUUUGUUUUUGUGGGUGUCUAUGUUUCUAAGACUUUUAGGUUCUCUGUGAUGUGAAAUGGUUUCACAAGUGGGUUUUCUUAUGACCCCCUGUUGUGAAAUCAUUGUAAGUUAAUACAUUAUAAAUGUAAUACAAAUAGAGAGGGAAAAAGAAACUAUUAUACAAUUAUUAGAUUACAAAGUAGUUGAACUUCAUUUUAGUAA